AUGUCCCAGACGUUCACCACGCAGGAGGUCGCCCAGCACAAGACCGAGAAGGACAUGUGGAUCAUCGUCGAGAACGGCGUCUACGAUAUCACCGCCUUCCAGUCAGAGCACCCCGGCGGCGAGAAGAUUCUCAAGCGCUUCGCCGGCAAGGACGCGACAAAGGUCUUCUGGAAGUACCACAACGAAAAGGUCCUCGAGAAGUACGGCGGCAAGCUCAAGAUUGGCACCGUCGGCGAAUCCGCAAAGCUGUGA